GCUCCAAAACUUUAUAUUUAGUUUCAAGAGUUCACAGUGUACACACUGCAAAAUUUAAAACAGAUAUUUAAAUAGAACUUAAUUAGUGAAUUAAUUAAGAAGAGUCGUUAAUAUUCAGAAGUUAUUGGAAUUGAACACUUUAAACACUAGACAAACUUUAUCUCCGGUUGUACAAUGUCUGGUAAAAGUUGUCAGGUUUGCAGUACAGUAGCUGAAUCUUCAUGUACGGGUUGUUUUGCAGUCUUCUACUGUAGUCAAGAGCAUCAAAAAAUGGAUUGGAGCAAGCAUAAAGUGAACUGUAGUAAACCAUAUACUGUAAUUCAAGACUCUGUAGCUGGCAGAGUAAUGGUAGCAUCAAGGAAUUUGGAGAUCGGAGAUAUUAUUCUAAAAGAAAAAGCUGCUCUUGUUGGGCCCAACACAGACAGUGGAAGUAAACCUAUCUGUCUUGGAUGUUCUGCUUCUGUUGAAAAAGAAUAUUGCCUUUGUUCGAUAUGCUGCGCUCCUCUCUGCCAACCAGCAUGCCAGACAAGUGCUCUGCAUGCUGAAGAAUGCAAGAUCUUGAAGCAGAACCCGGAUGCCCUUUACUGUGCCAUUAAGCAUGGAGCUGUUAUUAAAAGAAAAAAGUCUCCUUCAAAUGCCAAUUAUCAGAUAAUCCUUGUACUUCGAGCACUACUACUUAAAAGAAUAGAUGUGAAAAAGUUUAAAUCUGUAAUAGGACUUCAAUCUCAUUUAGAGGAAAGAGAAGAAAUGGGAACGACAAAGGGUGUUCAUGAGAAGAUAAUACGAGUUCUACAGCAAUACAAACUUCAGGGCAGGACUUAAUACAACAAUUGCAUUAAGAGCGCUUCG